ACCGGCAGGUUUUUAUUCUCAGAAAUCGUUUUAAACCAUCCCACUCGAUUGGUGCAUUGGUGACGUACUUCGUUCUUGACUCCUACCCUUCCAUAGUCUUGUUUUGCGCUCUUAUAUUUUGGCAGGAGAUGGCUUCGAGCUCCACGAACGGUGUGGAGGCGCCGUUGAAUAGAGCGGACGAAGUUAAAGAGCUGCUUGAAGCCGUCCAAGAAUUGAUUAUUCCAUACAUCGGUUCGGCAGAUGAUGAUGCCAAGACAAAGCAUACAGGUCACGGCCUGGCCCUCCCCGGCGGAGGACCUAGAACCGCCCUAGUCGAGCAUCAUCCACCUAAGAAGCUCGAAGGGAUAUUGAACCUACAGGUGCCGGAAGCAAGAGGAGGUAAAGAUGGGCUACUCGAGCUCGUACAGAAGUUGUUGCAGUAUAGCGUGAAUACAUGGGAUCAAGGAUUCAUGGACAAGCUCUACGGCUCAACGAACGCUGUCGGAUUAGUAUCAGAAUUGCUUCUGGCUACAUUGAACACAAAUGCGCACGUCUACCAAGUCUCCCCCGCCCUAACCCUCAUUGAAAAAUACACCACAAAGUUCCUAGCCCACCUCUUCGGCUACACGUCCUCAUACUGCGGCGGUAUAUCUCAACCUGGAGGGUCAGCAUCAAACAGCACCGCCAUCAUCAUCGCGCGCAACACACUCUACCCCUCAACCAAAGAAACCGGUAACGGCCCCCACCGCUUCACACUCUUCACCUCCGCGCACGGCCACUACUCCGUCGAAAAAGCCGCGCAAAUGUUCGGCCUAGGAAGUAAGAACGUCAUCUCCGUGCCUGUCGACGCCGAAGGCAGGAUGAUCCCCGAAGAGUUGGAAAAGCUGGUCAAGCAGAGUAAGGAGAAGGGCGAAACGCCGUUCUUCGUUAACGCGACAGCCGGGACUACCGUCUUGGGUUCCUUCGAUCCCUUUCCCCCACUCGCUGCUAUCUGUAAGACGCACCGCUUGUGGCUGCAUGUGGACGGGAGUUGGGGCGGGAGUGUCGUGUUCAAUUCCACUUACAGGGAAACUCGGCUGAAGGGCGUAGAGCUCGCUGAUAGCAUAGCCAUCACCCCGCACAAAAUGCUCGGCGUGCCUAUGACAUGUAGCUUCCUCCUCGGCCGCGACCUGCGCCAGUUUUGGAGCGGUAUGACACUGCCGGCUGGAUAUCUUUUCCACAACGCGUCGGAAUCUGUGGAUGAGAUAUACGAUCUUGCGGAUUUGACGCCGCAGUGCGGACGCCGCGCAGAUAGCCUUAAGCUCUUCCUCUCUCUAUCGUACUACGGGACGUGGCAUUUCUCGGAUCUAGUAGCGCGGGCGUACGAGAACGCGGAGUAUUUGCUAGGGUUAUUAAAGAAGAGGGGAGAUUUUGUCACGAUAAGUCCGGCGCCGCUGCCUUGUUUGCAAGUUUGCUUUUACUGGGCUAGGGGAGGGAAGUUGAAGGGUGGCAAGGCUAAUGACAAGGCGACGGCGGAUAUAGCGAGCGAAUUGAUUAGUAGGGGGUUUAUGAUUGAUUUUGCGCCGGGAGAGAGAGAGAAAGGGAAGUUCUUCCGCGUAGUCGUCAACGGGAACACGCGGAGAGGUACACUAGAUGGGUUAGUGAGAGCCAUCGAGGAGGCGGCGAGGGAGUUAGGAUACUAGGUCGUGAAGGUCAUCAGGGUAUGGUACAAUUGAUAGACCUAGCAAGCGCCCGACUCAAUCGACCGUAAUACU